AGUUAACGCCAGAACAGGCGUCUUGUUUAAAUAUGUAAACAGCUCUCAUUUAAUACGCUGGCUACACCAUACUGCAGUAAUACGAUAGUCACAGUGCUUCUAAACGAUCAAAACAUCACGUUUUAUUGACUUAAUACGUUGGCAAUUCGCCACUUGGAAACGUGGGACACAGCAGUCUACUCAAAUGUGUUAUUGUCGGAAAAAAGAGCGACGUCGAUUGAUCUGUUAUUCUUGGAAUGCACUUCCUGAGACUGAGAGGUUGGGAUAAUAUCACGUGUAUGUACACAUACGAAGUUUGUUGGGGAAAGUGUAUAUAAACUUGACUCAACAAUAGUGUAUCAGCUAGACUCGGCUGGUAUAAAUUUCAUGAAAAGGGGAGCAACGCAUCACCGUUCAAGUAUUAGAAAAUUUAAUUGUCAACAAAAAGUCCGAAGCUUUUAAGUAUGCCAUCUGUCUCCCAAGGUAAUGUGUUGUGGACUUGGAAACAAACUGGGAUAAAAAUUAUAGUAGCGAUGGUCCUCGUUAUCUUUUCGGUUCCUGUGACACCAACCAACGAUUAUACAACAGAGCCCCAAAAGGAAGUCGUCUCGAUCUACAAUAAUGAUUUUGCCACUCCAAAAUCUAGAUAUCCAUAUUUCAUUGAAGUUUACCGCUGCAUAAACAUCAGUGACGACUUAGAAGCCAAGUUACAUUGCAGGAACGACAAAUAUCCCGUCCCAAACAUGAAGACAGAAAUCGAAAUAGUGGUUCCGGAUCUUACCAAUAACGAACGGGAUCCUAGCCACAUAAAUAAGUUUUAUAAAUAUAUAGUAUUCAACCACACGUCUUGUACACGCGGAAGGCUCCGUGAGAGGAAACUUUAUAACACUCCAUCAAACAAUCUUGUGUCCGAAAGAUAUUUCUUGAUGAACUAUCACAAAAAUCCAAACAAUUUGCGAAGAGAACCUGAUCAUUGCAAGAAGGCGCGAAGAAGAUAUAAACUCCAUGACGACCAUUACAAUGUCUUGCCUUCCUUUAAAUAUUUGGCGUACAAACAGUGCCUACCUGGUUGCGUAGUUGAAGAGAGUCAGCAAAGAACUAUCCGGACAAAACUUUGUGAUUCCUCACUUCGAAAAAUUUACGUUGAAGAUGAUCUGAAAUGCGGAGCAUAUAUAUGACACCACAUUAUCAA